AAGCAGUUCCUUGGGCUCGGGCCAGCGGGCGCGCGGCCCGCGCGGGGCGCUUCUCGACGGGCAAGGGGGGGCGGCCCGGUCCCCGGCAGGGGCCCGAGCCGCCCCCGCGCACCCCGCGCCAUCUGUGCCGCGAAGGGGCGCGCCGCACGCGGCGAUGAGCUUCAUCGAGGUGGGCACGCAGUGCCGACUCAAGGACUACGCGGCGGACCCUUCGAUGAACGGGCGGCACUGCGUGGUCGCGGACGUCCCGAGUGGCGGGCGAGACGGUCAUCGCCCGCUUCGCCUGCGGCAAGGAGCUGGACGGCCUCUACCCGAACGACCACCUCGAGGUCAUACGCCAAAGAUGGGGGGCUCAAGAUCGGCUGGCGCGUGGCGCUGGCGGGCCUGAAGUCUGCGGGCCUCAACGGCCAGGAGGGCAACGUGGGCGAAAACCUCCCGGUUCACUCGCCCGGCCGCGCCCUCGUCAACCUGGAGAGCGGCGCGGCGAAGGCCAUCAAGUUCGAGAACAUCGUGCUGGUGAGACAGGUGGUCGGCGGCUCUGCCACGCCGGGGCCACGCCCGGCCACGCCGGGGCCGGUGGCCCUCGGCGGGGCGGCGGCGGCGGCGGCGGCGGCGGCGGCGAAGGCUGGGCCCGAGUUCGACAAGUCCUACGACAUCGGCACGAAGGUGUCGAUCAUUGAUUUCGUAGACCCUGGCAUGAACGGCGAGUCGGCGGUUGUGCUUGGCCAGGACGCCCUUGACAAGGACCGCUUCCAGGUGCGGGUGGACAAGAGCGGCAUGGUGAUGGCACUGAAGCGCACGAAUUUGACCCCAUUGGGUGGCAAGAUAGAGAUGGACGAGCUGGAGCAAAUGAGGACGCCGCUCAAGGACAGAUUCUACGCGGAGCUCCGAAAGCUGUUGUGGAACCAGCCCGAGGAGAGCAUCGCUAUCGCUACGCUGGCAUCGGAGACGGUGGCGAAGCACGAGGGAAACAAUCCGUUCAGCCCCUGGUCUAGGAUGUGGCAGGCGUGGCUAGCCGUCCGGGCCACUUAUCCCACGCAGCCCGAGAUGUACGAUGUCCUGACCGAGGCCCCUGCCCUCUUCGCGCACCUCGAGGAUCAAAACGGCUGGGGCGUCGUGGCGCUCACGGAGAAGAGCAGGCAGAUGCUCAUCAGCGCAAAGGUCCCUGAGCCGCCGACGAAGAAGCGCAAGGUUGGCGUGGAGAACACCAAGGGAAAGCUCGAUGACAUGGCCCGAGCGGCUUACAACGCGCUGACCAUGUCUGGCCCCAAGGGCACGAUGGUGCAUAUCUCGCAGGUCGGUUCGGAUGUCACCGUCAGGAACUUGCGCAACGACAAAUGGUUUGGGGUUGGGAAGAAGAAGAGAAAGCUAGAGGACAUGUUAAGAGAGUACCCUAAAGUCUUCGAGAUCGAGAUGACGAACUGGGGCGUCAUGGUGAAGUUGACUGACGAAGCAGACGUCGCCCUGCCGGCGCGAAAAGCCGGCGACUGCUCCGUCUUAGGCGCUGGGGACGUGCUUCCCGACCCGGAGCAGGCGAAGCUGCCAGAAAAGAUACAGAACCCGCAGAACAGGCUCGAGAGGGCGCAGGCCUUUCGGAUCGAGCUCAUCCACGCUCUGCACAGGCACGGAGGGAAGACGGAGAUCGGCAUCAUGGGGCAGGAGCCCUCCGUGCAGCAGGCCCGACGGGGUCUCGAGGGCACCAAGAGCACAAAGUUUGUCGACUUGUGCCGCAUAUUCGCCGACAAUUUCAGCAUCUACCUGGACACAAACUGGAACAAGUGGGUGAUAGAGCUGGACUCGAAGGACGUGUCCGACAUGACCCCGAUCAACGACUGGAUGAAGGGGAAGCCUUCGAGGGCCCACAUCGAGGCGAGGCAGACGACGCAUUUACUGAGGGCACAGUGGGCGUCAGCCCCCGGCACUGCUGUUACAGCUCCACCCCCCGACGACGACGUCGGGAACGAGGAGGCCGAGGCGGCGGCAGAGGAGGACUCGAUGGCCGUCUCGCAGUUUUUCUGCCACCAGUGCUGCUCCCCCGUCGAGCGAGCGGCGAGGUUCUGCAGCCAGUGCGGGUCGGAGAUGCCGGCCGACGGGUGGCUCAACGCCGGCGGUGAGGACGGCGCCGCCCCCGGGGCUGCGGCGAUAGGGCCCGAGCCGUUCCCGCCGCUGCCGCCGGCGCAGCCGGCCGGCGUGUCGUGGCCGAAGGCGCGCGGCUUGGUGACGCCGGCCGGCAAGCUGCCCGGCACGGGCCUGCCGAAGGCGGUGGCCAGGGCUCUCAAGAAGUCGACGGCCCCCGACCCCGGGCUCCCGGCGCCCCUGCAGCCGGGCCUCAUCGGCAAGGGGGCGCCCCUCGAGCGGAAGCAGCAGGCGGUGGCGAGGGACGCGAACGGCGAGAUCAUCUACGGCGCCGCGCCCACGAGCGAGAUGCCAGACCCGUGGAGGGACUGGAGGGCCCAGAAGCGCGGCGACCUCCCGCCGAGCGAGAUGGACCCGUUCGCCGAGUUCGGCAUCUACCCGCGGCCGAAGCCCAAGUAGACCCGCUGUGCGGCCUGCAGACUUCCAUUCCAGUGCUGGCGCUCCUCGAUCUCCUCACCCUCCUUGCCGUCCCGUCCUCCUCACCCCCCGAGAUCCUGACGUUAUUUCGUACCGUGUAAGCAGGCUGUGCUGAUCUUCCCCACUCCCCUCUCCUCCUUCGACGCUCACCUUCCCCUCCUUCUGCCAAGAGCUGGAGCUUGCUUGCUUCAGCGGCGUCGUGCUCGAGCAGGCCUGGGAGGGCGGUGCACCGUCCCCCAGACGACGACGCCCCUCCUCGCCCGCCUCCCCCCGACGACGCCGCGGC